UUACGUGACGCGGCAGUAGACUUUCGUAAUUACGUAAGCACUUCAGCUCGGUGGCUCUCCGAAAUAACUAUUAAGCUUGACUUGUGCCUUUUCACUAAGAUGGACUUAACAACAAUAAAAGACGCGGAGAAGAACUGUGUUCUGUGCUGCCAAGAGGUCGAGAUCUUCGCCUUGGGAAAAUGCGACCAUCCUGUUUGUUACCGCUGCUCCACCAAGAUGAGGGUGCUGUGCGAUCAGAAGUACUGCGCCGUUUGCCGGGAGGAGCUCGACAAGGUGGUGUUUGUGAAAAAACUGGAGCCCUUUCAGUCUCUGCCCUAUCAGGAGUUCCCUAGUGAGAAAAAGUAUGACAUCUAUUUCGGUGAUGGGAAGAUCUAUGCCCAGUACAGGCAUCUGCUGUUGCCCGAGUGUCUCCGCUGCUCAGAGCCUAAGGUUUUCUCCAAGUUUGAGGAGCUUGAGCACCACAUGAGGAAGCAGCAUGAGCUUUUCUGCUGCAAGCUCUGCACAAAGCAUCUCAAGAUCUUCUCCCAUGAGCGGAAGUGGUAUAAUCGUAAGGAGUUGGCACGUCACAGAACACACGGCGACCCAGAUGACACCAGUCACAGAGGUCACCCCCUCUGUAAGUUCUGCGAUGACCGUUACCUUGAUAAUGACGAGCUGCUGAAACACCUGCGGAGGGACCACUACUUCUGCCACUUUUGUGAUGCAGACGGUUCUCAGGAGUACUACAGUGAUUACCAGUAUCUAAGUGAGCACUUCAGAGAAUGCCACUAUCUGUGCGAGGAAGGUCGCUGCGCCACGGAACAGUUCACUCACGCGUUCCGCUCCGAGAUUGACUACAAGGCCCACAAGGCUGCGGCACACAGCAAGAAUCGAGCAGAGGCUCGACAGAACCGCCACAUCGACCUGCAGUUUAACUACGCCCCGAGACAACAGAGGAGAAAUGAAGGAAUGGUGACAGGCGAGGACUACGAUGAGGUGCGGCACAGUCGAGGAGGAAGAGGAAGGCCUCAUGGGGGACAAAAAAGCUGGAGGUACUCAAGAGAUGAUGAGGACAGGCAGGUGGAAGCUGCUUUGAGGGCAUCCAUUGCAAUGCGUAGACAAGAAGAGAGAGCAGCAGUGCAGGAGAGGAGCGCUCCCAAACACUGCAGAGAGGAGAGGGUUGAGAGACCAGAACCAGAAGAGCUCAGACACCCGAAUGGACGUGCCAAACCAGCAAGCAAACCUCCGGUAAAAACAAUGAAGAGCACUAAUCCAGGGGAUGAAGAAGAUGACUUCCCAGCUUUGGGAGCCACAGCUGCUGCUCCCAUUGUAAAGUCAGCUCCUGUGGUGACUACAGCAUCCCACGCAGCUCUAAAGGAGGAUGACUUCCCCAGCCUCUUGACUACCACGGUUGCAUCUGUCAUGACUCCAGCUUAUUCUGCACAACCUAAAAAGGCUUCAUCUUUUCAAGAAGAGGAUUUCCCUGCUCUUGUCUCCAAAAUCCGGCCCCCCAAACCUGCAGCUGGUACUACCUCUGCUUGGUCCAACCACACAUCUGCAGCUAAACCCAUCACUCAUCCUCCUCCAUCUUCCAGACCUCCCCCACCCCUCUCAUCUUCAUCCUCUGGCCCUCAGCUCCUCUCUUCCUCAUCCUCCUCAUCUUCACGGAGGAAAAAGAAAGUUGGAGAGAAUGGGAAAGCAUCAUCAAAUUACUCCCCUAUUCAUUCUGAUGAUGAGAGCGGAGGAAUGACGCAGCAGGAGUUGCGCUCAGUGCCCACCAUGCUGGAUAUCUCCUCUCUGCUCACCGUUAAAGCAGGCAGCGGCAAAUCCUCAAACUCGGCUGUGACCUCGACAUCAAAUCCAACCUCGAGCGCUUCAAAUCCAACCCCCAGUACUGAUCUCCCAACCCCAAAAGCCAACAAGAAGAAAAAACAGAAGAACACGGCUGCUCCCUCUACAUCUGGGUCUACAACAUCAGACCUGGCAACAACUGUAAAUCCAGUCUCAGUGGAAACUGCAGCACAAAAGGAAAAUGUCCCUGAGAACAAACCGCUUUCAAAUGCUGUGACAGCAGCACUUACAAGCGGGCUGGCUAAUGGCUACACUGAGCGAUCACCACCCACUAGCAAAGAUGCCACUGUGGUAACAGCUCAUCCCAACACGGACCCUGCUGAUGAACAAGAGGAGGAGUUCCCUGCCCUCAUGACCAAAAAACCACCACCAGGCUUCAAGACCUCUUUCCCAAUGAAAGCCUCCACUCCGCCCCCAUCCUCUACAGUACCCCUGCCUCCACCUGGUCUGGGAAUGUCAGCCCCUAAACCUCCCCCAGGGUUCACAGGGAUCCCCCUCAACAGCAAUGUGGUGGAGUCUACACCCCCAGUGGUCAACAUGCCCCCUAAAGUGGAGAGCAGUGGUUACCUGGUGCCAGAGGAUUUCCGUGAGAGGAACCUGGAGCUGAUCCAGUCCAUUAGAAAGUACCUCAACAAUGAUGAAUCAAAGUUCAACCAGUUCAAAAACUACUCUGCCCAGUUCAGACAGGGUGUGAUAUCAGCAGCCCAGUACCACCACAGCUGUAAGGACCUGCUCGGGGACGGCUUUAACCGCAUCUUCAAUGAGCUACUUGUGCUCUUGCCAGACACUGGAAAGCAGCAGGAGCUCCUGACUGCCCACGGAGACUGUAAGGCACUGGAGAAGCAGCAUGGGGCUGGAGGAGGAAAGAAAAAUAAAAACAAGAAGAAUGCCUGGCAGACGCCUGCUGCAGUGGCUAAUGUAGCGGCUGAGCUGGACUGCCGGGUGUGCCCCACUUGCAGACAGGUGCUGGCCCCCAAAGACUUCAACUCCCACAAGACGCUGCACAUGACAGAGAGUGAGGAGUUUCCCUCCUUGCAGUCGAUAAGCCGUAUCAUCAGCUAGCCCCUCUCACUCUUCCUCUGAUCUGUUUGCCAUUGUGGGGCGACUUCAGUUCUGCAGUUCUGAUGGAGCCCUGCAGCAGCCAGUGUGGGAAAGCAGCAUUGUGUUUCCUCUGAGAGGAGUCAAAGGCCUAGUGUAGCAAAGGAAGAUGAUUUAUGGUAUUUUCACUUUGACGGGGAUUAUAUUGAUAGGUUUGUGUGAUUGGUUUACAGUUCAGGCAUACUGGGUUGCCACAUCUUAAAUCUUCUUUUAGCUCUCAUCGUUUGAGGACGUCCCCAGCUGGCACUGGCACUGGUAACGUCUAAUCUGAACUCUAAAUUUAUUUAAUGAAAUGGAGAGACAAGCCAAGGCUUUACUUGAAGAAUGCAAUGCUCCCUAAUGCCGAAAUUAUAUUGAUUUUCAUUUUUACCUUGCUUUGGCAAGUUGAUAAAGUCUGCAUGAGUCUCCAGCUGUGCUGCUUGGUUAAAUAGGAAAAUGUUCAGUUUAAAUAUUAAGCUCUAUAUUUAUAGCUGUUUAAUUGCUUUUAAUUGUUCAUUGCUCUAUGCAGGCCUGUUAACAGUGUCAGUGAAUGGACUGUCAUCAUUCAGGAGGGUGUGUCAGGAAGUGAGCUGCUUCAGAAAUGACAACAAAUCGUGGUUCACCAGUUGAAUGUUUUUCAAUAAACAUAAUUCUCUUUUAUUCCGUUUGCACAACUCACCAGUAGAUUUGAUAUUUUUGUUUAUAGAUGAUAAAACGAGGCCAAUGAUGUUGCACAAGGUUUCAAGUGGAAAUUAAAGAACUGAACAAUGA